AUGAUGAACAACAUGGACAAUAUUAGCAGUUCUCCCCAUUCGUUGGAACGUUUGUCUUCCUCCAAAACAAGCCAAGGCCAACAACAACAGCAACAACAAGAGGAUGAGUUUGGUUGGGAUUGGGAAGAGACCAUGUCGGUGGCUACGGCCAAUACGGGCAGUGCGGAAGCUGACUUCUGGGUGGAUUCGUUACCACCGCAAUUGCACCCUGCUGUGUCUUUGGGCAUUCGUCGCGUGUCGUCGUGUGCCUAUUUUUCGUUGCAGGGUUCGAUCGACAACGCCAACAACUAUGCCAGUGAGCUGGACUUGUACUCGCUGUCGUCCGAAGUCAUUGGCGCCAAUAAGAGUGACAAUACAGCCGCCGCGGCCGAUAUUCUCUAUCACGACAUUUUGAUGGUGGUCCUCACGUAUCUCGAUGCCGAGUCGUUGGCGGCCUUUUCCGAAACGGCGCGACGUGCCAAUUUUGAAGUCUACUAUUUCCUGCAGCUGCAAUUGCAACGCGCUCUCUUGGAAGAUGAUUUGCUGACGACAUGCUCUACUACGACCGCGGACAAUGACCGAUUGUCGGCCAUUGCCGGAUCCUGGGCCAUUUCCCGAUUGGCAUCGUUGGAUCCGCAAGACGCACACAAUGUCGUGCAAGAAUACCUCGAUUCCAAUUGCACGCUCCGGACCAUGCCGCUGUCGCAUUCGCUCGCGUAUAUUCGAGAAGUGCUGCGCCGCAAUGGAUUUCCGGGGGCAGGACAACAACAGCCACCCACACUGACAACGAGUGCGCAGGCGGCGCUGCUCAUUGGAUUGGUAGGAGCGGCGACGGUCAUGUCAGGCAAUGCCGAAGUCGUCGAAUCCUUUGGAACCGAAUUGCCCAAUAUGCUCUUUGGAGUCGGAUUUGUUGGAUCACUCAUGGGCGCGGCCAGACAUCGCUGGGAGACGACACAAAACAGACCUCAACAGCAGCAAGAGCAACCACUCGGACAAGAACAACAAAAUGAACAAGCACCACCAGCACAAGCCAGAGAUGAAAUUCAAUCCACCAUGAGAGAAACGGCAGAACAAAUGCGAGAGGCCGCCGAACAAAUGGCAAGGGCUCUCCAAGACAUGCUACAACAAAUUCGAAGCACUGCCACCAACAAUAAUAACAAUAACGAUACAGCGUCUAGAAGACGAAGACGACCAUCCAAUAAUAAUGCUCACGGUGGUGGCUCCAUUUCAAGACGCAUGUACGAGGCAUUGGUGGGGGCACCCGACAACAACAGCACCACAUCACAACAGCAGCAGCAGCAGCAACAAACUCUAAAAAAUGAAGACGAUAAUCCGCAAUCAGAUGAUGCUCCGUUGAGUACCAUUGACGACAAUGACGACACGAGUCCGGAAGAAGAAAAGAGGAUUGUACCCGUCAAGAAAAUGCCAAGUGGAUGUGUGGGAGCCUAUUUUCGCGCCAUUCGAAGAGCCAGCAAUAGUAUUACCAGAAUUGUCAAGCUACAACGUCGAUCUCGAUUUGAUGCGCUGCCCAACAAGGAAAUGGUGGCGCGAUCUUUUAUCGACGCCUGUUGCUCCGAUGAAAGCAUCCAUUCCGUCAGGGAUCUAGUGCAAGUACGCGGGACCAUUGAUGCCGAUGGAUUUUACGUGGGUAGCGACGGGACCGAAACUUGUGCGCUUCAUGCCAGUGCCUUUCAUGGGGCCACACAAGUCUUGGAAUUUCUAUGUGGUGGAAUUGACGAACGAGAUGCAUCGCAAGAUGAAGGACUCUGCUGUGUCAACUUGCAAGAUGCCAAUGGAUGGACGGCAUUGCAUUUUGCAGCGGGAGCGAAUUGCGUCGAGUCGGCACGCAUCUUGGCCGACCGAGGCGCCAAUCUCAGUGUCGUGGCGGAAAAUGGAUACACCCCCUUGCAAUGGGCACAGCGAUUGCGCAACAUGGAAGUUGCGGAAGAGUUGCAAAGGCGGUUGGAACAAACUGACCCCUAUCAUGCCGCAAACAAUCGAUGGAUGGGAGCCAGUCAACCUCUGUCCAUGAUUGCACACCGCUUUUUUGGGUUUGCACUCGUGCCGACUCAUUAG